AUGAAAUCAACUAUCAUUCUUUUCAUAGUUGGUAUGUUGGUUGUUUGCAAUGCACUUACAUUGACACAACUCAAAGCCCAACUCUCCGGUAAGGUUAUCGGUCAAAGAGAUCCCGGUUAUAAUGAUGUUCGUACUGGAUAUAAUUCACGUUACUCUAGACUACCAACAUUGAUUGUCCAACCAUACAACACUGCUGACGUUGUAUUGGCAUUGGAAUAUGCUCAAUCAAAUGGUCUCCAAGUUUCGGUAAAGUCUGGUGGUCAUUCCGCUUCUUUGCUCUCGGUUCUCGAUGACCGUGUCGUCAUUGAUUUCUCUCAGAUGAAAGGAAAGACCUUUGACAAUGCCUCGAUGACAAUCACCGCUCAACCAGGUAACCGUUGGGUUGACUUUUACAAUUACUCUAUCAACACCUACGGUGUCGCCACUCCAGGUGGAAAUUGUCCAUCCGUUGGUAUCGGUGGUCUCUCACUCGGUGGUGGUGCCAACGAGUUGGCAUCUGUCUAUGGUGCUGCCGUCGACAACAUCCUCGAAAUCGAAAUUGUUUUGGCCAACCGUUCCGUUGUAACUGCAUCUGCCACCACUAACCCCGACUUGUUCUGGGCAUUGCGUGGAGCCGGUCACCAAUCUUAUGGUGUCGUCACCCAAUUGAAAUACCGUGUAUACAAUAUCCGUCCAACCUACUACAGUGCCUGGAUCACCUACAAAUGGGCUGACUUUGAAAAGGUUCUCUACUUUGUCGGUCAAUACUCCAAGACCAUGCCGAACGACGUCAAUCUCUACUUUACCGGUUGGCGUUCCGGUAACGCCACCACCCCAUCGGUAGCUCUCUCUUGCUUCUCCAAUGGUUUGCCAGAGAAUGGAGAGUCACUCUGUGGUGUUUUCCGUAACAUCUCUGGAGCCGUUCCACUCAGUUUCGAUUUCACCGUCCAAUCUUACUACACAACAGUCUCCACUGGUUCCGAUCCAAAGGCACGUCGUUCCUACACCAAGAACACUUUCCUCCGUGAUUUGACACCACUCACCAUUAGAACUAUCCGUCGUUCACUCGAAGCAUCACCAAUCUCACCAUUCAACUACAACACUGCACGUCUCAAUCUCUACUGGACUGGAGGUGCCGUACUCGACAAGCCACGUAACUACACUGCCUUUGUCCACCGUACCUACCCAUGGAAUGCCGUCUGGCUCUCCAGUUGGGCAUCCGGUGACAAAUCCGAUGCCUACCACGAUUGGAUCUUGGGUACCUACGGUGCUAUGCGUCUCUUCUCCGUUAGAGAGGCCUACCAAAACUAUCAAGACGACGAACUCAGAGACUGGGAGCAACUUUACUACGCUGAGAACUACCCACAACUCCGUGUUAUCAAAUCUAAAUACGACCCAAUGAACUACUUCUCAUAUCUUCAAUCCGUUAGACCAGUUGGUGCUGAAUAUGAAUGGGAUUUCUAUUAA